GAAUCCUCUGUAUUAUUUCAACCAAAAGAGAUGGAGUACUAUGGCCGAUGCAGAUGUUCAGCUUUCCCUAUCUUGCUCCUUCCAGAUGUAAAUCCAUUCCCCAGAAUUUCUAGCCUACAGGGCAAAAGGCUGGGUGCGCUGGAAUUGCAACCCCAACACAUCUGGAGAACACCAAAGAAAAGAAGAGUUGCCUCUGGGCCACUUUCAUGAAAAAUACUUUCGGGAAGAACCUUAUGGCAAGAGCCCUUUACGAUAAUGUCCCAGAGUGUGCAGAAGAAUUGGCCUUCCGGAAAGGUGAUAUUUUGACUGUGAUAGAACAAAACACUGAAGGGUUGGAAGGAUGGUGGCUCUGCUCUUUACAUGGACGACAAGGCAUUGUUCCUGGAAACCGUGUGAAACUUCUGGUAGGCCCCGUACAAGAGAACCCAUCUCACCAGGACUUGCCAAAUUCAGGACUAGCAACUCAGUCUCCUAAUCAGCAAAAAGUCUACCAAGUACCAAAUGCUCAUUCCUCUCCUCGGGAUCCCAUCUAUCAAGUUCCACCUUCUUAUCUGAAUCAGGGAAUCUACCAAGUACCCACUGCCCACGAUGUUUACCAAGUGCCUUCAUCUGGGCAGAGAAGUUUUGGUGGUGUUGAUGCAGGCAAUAAGAUUUAUGAUGUCCCCCCUGGAUCAGUUAAAAGUCCUCCACAAGCAGCUCAAAUGAGUGAUAUGAAAUCUCAAGGGAUCUACGACGUUCCUCCCACCAAAGGGAUCUGUACCAAUCCCUCUUCGUCAUUCAGAAAUGAUAUGGAUGCUAGAGACGGAAUCCCUGAUUUGGCUGCUGGCGUAAAGCAUGAAGCGAGCUCAGAAGGUGUAUACGAUGUCCCUCCUUCCACAGCCAAGGCAGCCAUCUCUUCUGAACUGACACCACUCCAACAAGGCCUCUAUGAUGUUCCAGUGAGCCACCAAACUCACUUUGUUGGACAGCAAAUAGUUCCCCAGGCAGAUAUUUAUGACACCCCUCGGGGAAUUCCCUUUCCUGGACAGCAUCUAGCAUUCGGUGAAAGUCUGAAUCCAGAGGGAAAAGAAGGAAUAUAUGACGUCCCUCCACAGGUCACACAGGACAUUAAAAGGCUACAGGAUGUCACCGAUGGGAUAAACCGGCUGUCUUUUUCAAGCACAGGGAGCACCCGGAGCAACAUGUCCACUUCUUCCACAACAUCGAAGGAAUCUUCUUUGUCAGCUAGUCCUUCUCAUGACAGAAGAAUCGUUCUGGAUCCCGACUCGGCCAUCGAGAGACUCUAUUGGAACCAGAACACAGUGGAAAACGCUGUCUCCAGUUUGAUGGCCUUCAUCCAUCCCGACUGGCGGUCGUACGAGAACAUGGAGAAACACAUCAACAAGAUACAUACCGCGGUUGACAAAGUGGAGCAGUCCCUGGUCGACUACCUCCAUUUCGCCAAGGGGGCCACCGCCAACGCUUCCUACCUGCCGGAACUUAGUCUCUACAAUAAAAUGAGGAGGGAGCUGCAGAGGCUGGAAGAUUCCUACCAGAUUUUGACCCAGACUAGCCACGACCUCAGUCAUUGCAGCUGGUCCUUGAAUGUCUUAGCAGUCAACAAGCCUCAGAAUAAGUGUGACGACCUGGAUCGUUUUGUCAUGGUGGCAAGGACGAUCCCAGAUGAUGCCAAGCAGCUGACCACCAGCGUCAGUGUCAACGCUGAGGUGCUCUUCAAACAAGGACCUUGCAGCUCCUCUAUAAAAAACGCACCUGAGGGCAUGAACCCUGCUGCUGAUUAUGUGUAUGAUAACCCUCAGGCUCUAACGUUGCACCCUGGAGAUAAAAACCAGGACCACUGCACUUCUCUAUCACCGCUCCUUUCUAAAAACCAGCCUUACCAAUGCAACAGCAAUAAUAGCUUAGAGAAGAGCUGGAUGGAUGAUUAUGAUUAUGUGCACUUACAGGCAGUUGAAUCAGUUCCAGCGAUUAGAACAAGAAAUCACCAAGCCAGUAGAAAAUGACAUCUCAAAGUGGAAGUCACCUCAAAGUCUUCACCCAACAAAGAACUUGGUGGCCACCCAAGAGAGGCAGCUUCUUUUGUUUUAUUCAGAACAAUGUGAAACUCAUUUCAACUCCCUCCUGAACGCCAUCGAUGCCUUCUUCAGCUGCAUCAGUGCUGCGCAGCCCCCAAGGAUCUUUGUGGCUCACAGCAAGUUUGUCAUCUUAAGUGCUCAUAAACUGGUCUUCAUUGGGGAUACCCUGACUAGGCAGUUGACAACUCAGGAAAUGCGCAACAGCAUCAUGAAUUCCAGCAACCAGCUGUGCGACUUGCUCAAAAGCAUUGUUAUGUCAACUAAGGUGGCCGCCUUGAAUUAUCCUAGCACAUCCACUUUGCAAGAUAUGGUGGACCGCGUGACAGACCUUUCCCAUUAUGCACAGUUGUUUAAGUGUUCUUUGGUUCACAUGGCAUCUUACUGAGAUGUACAAAGAUGGACUCAGACCAACAAAGGAACUGGAACGUGUCUUCUAUAAUAUGUACAGAUUUUAAAACUUGGAUCAUGUAAUUUUUUUUUUCUGUAAAUGUUUUUAUAUGGAAAUUCAUUUUAUGGAUUAGGAAUGACAAAAAAUUUCAGCCGUCUAAAUUUAUUGGUUUUUGAUAUACAUUUAUAAAUAUUAAAUGCAUUCUCAUAUAUGUAUAUGUGGGGGACAUUUCAUAGAAUCUAUUAUGUCUGCACCUUAACAAAAGCAUCCAUCAGUUGUAUAAUGUAUAUAUAGGGGCUUAAUUUUAGUAUACCCAUUAACCUACAUUUCCCUUUUGGGGUCUAUAAUGUAUAUUUUAUUUUAGCUUAAUUAUGUCAUGUAGACAAUGUUGUAAAGUCUAUGGCAACUCUUAAAGUAAAUAUUGUUUUACGUCCAAAGGAAAGAUGCCAACAAACCCUAUCUGGAAUAAUUGUUAGUAAAUAAACUAUACCUCCUUUAAACACUAAUGCUCUGCAAAUUUUAUUUGGAAAUGAAAGCAUGUAUAUUUCCACGCAUUUCAUUUCAGAAUGACUGUCUUAAUUUUAUCUUAGAUUCUGCCGCCCGGAGUCCUUCGGGAUUGGGCGGCAUACAAAUUCAUUAAAUCUUGAAUCUUGCAGACUGCCGUUUUGAAAGAUAUAAAUUGUACACUUCACAAGAGUAAGGGCCAGUAAUUUGGACCUCAAAAAUUGA